UGGACAUUAAAAUUAUACCUCCCUCAUAUGAGCAAUCAUCUAAGCUCCAAAAUAAAAUAAUUACUUUGUGGAGAGGUUUAGCACGUGCUGGGAGGUUAAAGAAUCGAAUUAAUGCUCUUAUCUAUGCCUUUUAUUUGGGUCAACUACUGGAAACGGUGACUAAAACAGAAAGGACCAAAUGUUAUAAACUAUUAACUAGAUAUUUUAUCUCUGUAUCUGUAAGAACCUACUAUAUUUUUGAAAAGCUUGGUAUCGAGCAAAUUUAUAGAACUUCCACCAUGAAUUUAAGAAUGAUCUCCAGAUUAGGAUCCGAAGAAUUUCAAAAUUUAGUAAAAUUAACUGACUUAAUGAAAGAUGAAUUGGUUAAUGUUAAUGCUAAUUCACCCCAAGAACCAAUUGUUGAAAAGGAUGACUGCAAUUCGGGUCAAUCUAAUUCAGCACAGUUUGAAGAUAUAAGCCGAUAUAAAUUCUUGAUUAACAAAGAAGAUUUAAAAAAACUUGCAUCGAUUAUACAUUCACCAAAAAUUAGAUGUUCCCUCUCCU